AUGUGUGCCAUUGGCCCUCGAGUGCAUUUAUUAAUUUUGUCAAACGGAUCCAGGAUAAAAUUUAUCAUACGGAUUCAGGAUACAAUUCUACCAAACAGCGGUACUGCGCAACAUACAUCCAUAUUGUAUCGAUGUACUGUGUUCCAUUGGCCCUCAACUGCAUUUCUUGAGGAUAGGAGGAUAACCUGUCGCGACAUCAGUCUGACCGGCCAUUUCUAUGGACAAUUCUGGUUCCGCUGUCCAGUGCGGAUGCAACCAGAAAGGUGCAGGCGCGAGCCAACCGGACGCCUGAGCAAGUGGCGGUGGAUCGAGCAGCAGCUGCAGCGUGAUGGGCAGAUGCACGAGCCAACCGGACACCUGAGCAAGUGGUGGCGGACCGAGCAGCAGCUACUGCUCGCGGCAGCUCAGCGGCAACCUCCUCAUGCUCGCCUGCAUGGUGGACGUGCUCAACAUGGAGGACGCAAAAGUGCAGACAUGGGUUACAGUGAAGUGCUGCCAGCAGGACAUCGACACGUCGCACGCAUCGACAUGACAGAUGCAUAUUACCACAACGUGCACGCCAAUCUACGUGGUGUAGCCACCGCAACCGGGCUGCCAAUCCUCAUGUUUAAUGUCAACCCCGCCGACUUGCACAGUGCGGCUGCAGUCGUGGCCGCUGGGCAGUUUCUGGAAUUUGGCGAGGAUGGUGCUCCGUUGUGGGAGGAGCGUGUCAUGGACAAGUGGUGGCGGGUGCGAAACAACCCCUGCACCAGCCAAGCACUCCUCAACACGGUUAAGAUCGCCUUCAUGGACAUCCUUUUUGGUUUCAAACCUGGCGACAAGCGGCAGAGCAACCCCGACUGCUUCUGUGGCACCGUGUUCCACAUCUGCAUCUGUUACAUGGCGGCCCGCGUGAGGCGCACCUUAUGCACCACACACCCACACCUGGCCUGGGAGUCGAAGCUACGGUCCACUUCGCGGCGCGCCGCGGUCCCCUUCGCGGCGCAGCGCGGUCCGGUUGUCCGGUUGUCCGGAGCGUUUUGGAAAUUCCGGGUCGGGAGCGUGCCGUACACGCUUAAGACAGUGCCGCAAAGAACGAUCCUGGACUACUCCCGGGAAGAUGUGCUUGCCAGCAACUUCCCCACCGCAUUUCUGUACACAAAGGGCGGCAUCCGUCCCCUGGGUAUGAGCAACCGGACCUUCUUCCAGCAUGUGUCUACGCGUGUGCCACAGCGGCAGCUCAGCGGCAACCUCCUCAUGCUCGCCUGCAUGGUGGACGUGCUCAACAUGGAGGACGCAAAAGUGCAGACAUGGGUUACAGUGAAGUGCUGCCAGCAGGACAUCGACACGGUGGGCGCCAUCCCGCGAGAGGCUGUCAAAGUGAUGGCGGACAUCCUGGCAUUGCCGAAGAUGCACCCGGAUCGCCGCCACCUGCUCCAAGACAUGUCACCUCUCGUGCACACCCUCAUCACCUCUCUUCGUGCGGCUGCAGUCGUGGCCGCUGGGCAGUUUCUGGAAUUUGGCGAGGAUGGUGCUCCGUUGUGGGAGGAGCGUGUCAUGGACAAGUGGUGGCGGGUGCGAAACAACCCCUGCACCAGCCAAGCACUCCUCAACACGGUUAAGCUCGCCUUCAUGGACAUCCUUUUUGGUUUCAAACCUGGCGACAAGCGGCAGAGCAACCCCGACUGCUUCUGUGGCACCGUGUUCCACAUCUGCAUCUGUUACAUGGCGGCCCGCGCACCUUAUGCACCACACACCCACACCUGGCCUGGGAGUCGAAGCUACGGUCCACUUCGCGGCGCGCCGCGGUCCGGAGCGUUUUGGAAAUUCCGCGUCGGGAGCGUGCCGUACGUGCUAAAGACCGCCCCGGAAAGAUCCGGAAAUAAUGCGAGGUUGCAGGGUGUGUGGACCAUGCGUGCAAUCGGCACGAAUUGUGAGAACGCGUGCACCUACACUACAGAUGCCUUAUCGUUGCGUGGGUCCGCUACCUGCAACAUUGUGGAGAGAUCCACCGGUUUUUUGCAGUCUUUACGUAGUACCAGUUCGCCCGUGGCCACCGCCCCGCUAAUACAGCAGGACGAAUCGGCCGCCCGGCGUGAGCGCCGGCAGCGAUUGCAGCAGGAGGAUCCAGCGGCCGCCGCCGCGGCACUACAGCGUGAUUCGGCCACCCAGCCACGAUUCGGCCACCCGGCGCUGCCGCGGCAUUACAGCAUGAUUCAGCCACCCGGCGUGAGCGACGGGAGCGAUUGCAGCAGGAGGACCCAGCCGGCCGCCACCGCGGCACUACAGCAUGAUUCGGCCACCCGGCGUGAGCGACGGGAGCGAUUGCAGCAGGAGGAUCCAGCGGCCGCCGCCGCGGCAGUACAGCAUGAUUCGGCCACCCGGCGUGAGCGACGGGAGCGAUUGCAGCAGGAGGAUCCAGCGGCCGCCGCCGCGGCAGUACAGCAUGAUUCGGCCACCCGGUGUGAGCGAUGGGAGCGAUUGCAGCAGGAGGAUCCAGCGGCCGCCGCCGCUGCACUACAGCAUGAAUCGGCCACCCGGCGUGAGCGACGGGAGCGAUUGCAGCAGGAGGAUCCAGCGGCCGCCGCCGCUGCACUACAGCAUGAAUCGGCCACCCGGCGUGAGCGACGGGAGCGAUUGCAGCAGGAGGAUCCAGCGGCCGCCGCCGUGGCAGUACAGCAUGAUUCGGCCACCCGGCGUGAGCGCCGGCAGCGAUUGCAGCAGGAGCGUGGGCGUGAAUCUACCCUACUGGACCGUCUUAACAGUUUGUUACAACUGGACUAUUUGCAUGGCGACCGGCCCAUCGAGCUGCCAGACUUCUUGAUGGCUCUGCCUGAUGGCCGUGUUGAAGACCUGCCUGACAGUCAGUUGCCAGUAGAGCGCCAAGUGCCGUAUGACGUGCAGCUGCAGACCGCUUCUAGCAUGGCGGCAGCAUUGCGGCGUUGUAUGCCAUCACAUGUAUGUGCUGUAUGCUCUGAGCUGUGCUCAUCAGACAGCUGCUCAAUGUACAGCUUCCAUGGCAUUCCUAAUGUGGACCUGCUGCGUGCCGACAUUCCGUGUACAAUGGCUGUGCCGCGCCGUGCACACACACUGACAUGGCGCCAUAUGGCACACACAGUCGAGGGGGAAGCACCGUCACCGCCAGACCCCGUGCUGCCAGUUCGGUACCGUAUCCGGCGGAAUGAUCGGCGCAACACAGCCCCGGGGGAAGACGCUGCAGGCGCUAGUGGCAGUGGUGUCGCUAUGUUGCUGGACGACGACAUCAGGGGCGCCCAUAGUGGCACCUCUGAGGAGGACGAAAUAGCACAGGCUGCACCGGAAGCGCCAUCACAACAGCUGCCGCCCGAGCUGCAGCCAAAGCCACCCCGCGUACUGCCGCAGCCAUGCCCUACAGACUCUGCAUCCGUGGAAAUACUGUACUGUAUUCGGCUGGAGCCCGACCUACCCAAUCGCACCAUGCUGGUCGAUGCAGCUGGCAUGGAGCGCAUCUUCGUCUGCAAGGAUUGUGAGGCUGCACUUUCGGUUCGACGCAUCCCAGAUGCAGCUCUGGCGCGCCUGGACCCCGGGGAUGUGCCCCUCAGCAAUCACCUCGGUGAGCCAUUGCCCCUUCCGACCUUCCUGGAAAGCCAGGUGCUCGCGCGUGCACACAUAUUGCAGCAGGUGAUAGUUCUGCACCUGGGCGGUCGGCCACCGGAGGUUUUUCCACAGGCGGUACGUGCACACGGUGUAGCGCUGGCCAACCCAGGCCGACAUCUAUGGCGCGGCCUCAUACCAGCAGCACUCGCUGAAAUGGCAGGGUGCAUCACCGUCGUCUGUGUGGACCAUGUGCGCAACCGGCACGAGUUGCGAGAACGUGUCCGCAGCGCACCUGCACUGCAGAUGCGAGGACCCGUUAUCGUUGCGUGGGUCCGCUACCUGCAGCAUCUCGAUGAGGAGGAGUGGGCGAUCGAUCCCGUGGCGCUCCAGGAAUACGAGAAAAUGGGCUGUGCCCCGUUCGUCCCGGAAGUAUUGCUGGAUAACGCAGUGGGACCCAUCGAUGAGGAAGUGGCUGGUGUGCUGCGCAGCACCUUUAUGCAUGGCCGCACAGGAGCUGCUGGUGUUCGGCAGCAACAGGAUGAGAUUGAGGCUGCAGUUGCUGAGGCUGGGAUGGAGACGGCUGGAGCACAUGCCUCGACAAUUGCUGAGGCUGCAAACGGGGCUGAUAUGGAUGUUGAUGCUGCUAGUGCUGCUGAGGCUGCUGCUGCAGUUAGUGCGCGUGACGAACAGGAGGAUGACCAGGACAGCUUGCUUGGUGGACGGCCAUUUGUCGCAUUUGUACACACGCCUUCCACCACUGCAGAGCCGAUCGCAGGUGCAGAACCAUCCCAACCUGGCACCACUACAGAGCCGGUGGCAGGUGCAGAGCCACCUGAGCCUGGCACGCUGGAUGAGCUGGAGCUCGUCGUACCGCAGCCCUCCCAUCUACCGAAUGAUGGCAGCGAGAUCGACACAUGCCCGUGGCGGGUGGAGGAGAUGCUAACUGGUCGCUCGAAGCUGGUACUGUGUGGCGGUGACUAUGCCCGACAGCCGCUGGAUGAGCGGCACCCGGCGAUUCUCGCGGUGUGCUUCCCGACGGCCUUCCCAUAUGGCCUGUCUGGGCAGCGCCCGCCAGGCAUGUCGUACUCCGUCUACUGCAAGCACCUCAUCCGGAGGGUGCCACGGAAGCAGUUUAGCGGGAACCCAAUGUUGCUGGCUCGGAUGUACGACAUUUCCCUCCGGCAGGCGACGAUGGCCCAGGUGGGGGUAACCAUGCGGAUAAAGCCGCACCUAGAACGGGAUCUUACACGGCUGCCACGAGAUGUAGUACGGGCCAUGGCGGACAUCCUGGCGCUACUGUACAGCCACCCACAGCGCCGGGCUUUGCUGGUGCAACAGUCCCCAUUGGUGCAAACACUGGUAGAAGGUACCCGCCGCAGUACCGUACAUGUGGACCUCACCGAUGCAUACUACAACGGUGCACAAGCGCAAAUGCGGGCAGCAGCCAUGGCCAUCGGCUGGCCAACUCUAUUCUUCAACAUCAACCCGGCCGACAUGCACGCCGCUGCUGCUAUUGUAGCGUCCGGGCAGGUCGUGGAGUUCGGGGAGGACGGGCGGCCGCAAAACAUUCCCAGCACAGUUGAGAGAUGGCGACGGGUCAGAGACGAUCCAUACAGCUGUGCAAUGCUGCUGGUGGCGACGAAGGAAGUACUGGUUGAACAGCUCUUUGGCUUUGCACCCGGCGCGCAGGAACAGAGCAACACCAACUGCUUCUGCGGCCGGACCUUUGAAGUGGUGACCAAGGUGGAGCAGAGCGGUCGCCUGGCGCUGCACGUGCAUGGUGUAGCGCAUGUGGCAACCUUUGCGGUGGAACGGCUCCAGGCGCUGUUUAAUGGCCCUAACUGCCGUGCCCUGGCACUGGCGUACGCGUUAUGUCAGCAGUGGUACCCGUCCCCUUACUAUGACCCAUCAGUACCGGAAGACAGCCGCCGUGUAUUCCAGAUGUCGCCAGAAGAGACGGCACAACACGGCAUACCGCCACCAGCCGCAGACAAGUGCUGCCCUCGUGCGGCCUACAAUUUCGAGCGGCUGGCUGGAUGCAGUAAUGGCGGCUUGCCACCACACGAGAAGCACGCAGCAUGCCAUGCACAUCACGCUGCUGUACUGCGAACGACCCUUACACACACUCACAGCGAUGUGUGUGUCCGACACGGCUGCACAGGCACCGACGGCAGCUGUGGUAUGGCGUUCCCGCGCAUCAUACGACACCUAUUUCGGUGGAUCGGCACGCAGGGUCUGUUCUUGCUGCCGCGGCUGGGCCACAACGUCGUGCCGCAUUUCCCUGCAGCAGCGCUCGCGUUCGGCUGCAACCACCUCUUCAGCCUGGCCUGCGAAGUGGACCGUGCAUAUACGACGGAAGUCGCAGCACAGCUAGAAACAGCAGCCGACGGGAAUGAGACACCCGCACCAGAGGAACUGCUGGGCUCUGCUACCGAUCCCGCACGUGAUGUGGCGUACUACACGCCCAAAUACACGGCCAAGACCAUUGAACGCAGCCAAGCGGACCGUUUGUGUAAUGCCGUCGCCCGUGUACAAGACUUCUUGCUAUCAGGCGUCCCUCCACCGCCUGUCAACAACCCGGACCUUACCGCCACCACCCCUACCGCCUUAGGAAACCUUGCGGCCGCCGCACAUCGCAUGACCGCCACCAUCACCGUGGGCAUGGCACUAGCGGCAUUCAAACUGUCCGGAUACGACACCUUCCAGGCAUCGUACCAGCGCAGCUACCUCCCCGUCGGUGGGUUCACAGCAUUGGCAAACACACCUGGAGCUGGACCGGAUAAUGAGGAUGGCGCAGUGGAAGUCGCGCUCGUAAACACAGAUACAAACACCGGCGACUAUGUCAUCUCCAACACGGUGCAAAACUACAUCCUCCGCGGCCCGGAGCUUAGCGGCUUGGAAUGCAGUGCAUACACGCUGGCGAGCAACUACAGCUUGGCUCGCGUGCAACCAGCACAACACCUGCACGCUACUACCCUCCAAGGCAUGGUCCUACCUAGCCGCCAUGGCCGCAAACGCACCGCUACCAACAGUGCAGUACUCACACCUUCUGUGGAUGGAACGUCGCCCAACCAACCAGCUCCUACAACCUGUAUACCAGGUCCAUCAGUGCCGACCGUGACGUCACCUCCACCGCUGGAACAAUUGCCGAGUGGUACCAGCAGUGUCACUAAUGCAACCCGACUAGUGGCUCUGCAUCCCAGCCAUCCACUCUAUCUUAGUCACGUCCUGAAGCAUCAUCCCCGCCCACAGUACGUCCUCUUAGGCGGCUCCCUCCCACGCCGGCCGACUGAACGCACCAAGCCGACGGACGCUGAUGAGUACUAUGCCUUUGUGCUAGGUACCUUCAAGUCACAUCGUGGCGCGCCUGUGCCCCCUAACUUAACGGUACAACAAGCAUACGACGAAUGGUGGUCUGAGCUAGCCACCACUGAAUCUGGCCGCCGAUACCAGCAAUGUGUGGCAGCCAUUUUGGACAACAUUGAACAGGACCACGCUGCCUGCGCACACCACACCGAACAGUACAACCAACGGCGGCGCAAGCACAAACUCCCCACGGAGGAUCCUGGCGGAUAUCGGGCUGACGAUGAUGAUGACGGCAAUGCUGAAGCGCAGGAUGCGCACUUCGAGACACACCCUGAGACAUGGCCUGCCAGUGAUACACAGAUCGAACAAGGCCACCCUCAGCAGCCGCGUCCCGCUCCUACUGCCGGCCUGGACCUCGCUGCCACGCCGAUCGGCACCCUAUUCGACCGUACCACUGCCAGUGGAUUGUACGCAUAUGAUGCCGUCGUACGAUGCCCUGUGCCCGUGCUGGUGAGCGGCCAUGGUACCUCCGCCUCUUAUCUACUGCACCGUGUGAAUGCUGCCGAUAUGACGGCCCUCGAGGAGGCAGCUCGGCGCCUAAAACGGUACACUACCAACACUACCCCCCAAGACGGCGUUGAGCCCGACCGUCGCCUAAGUCUACACCGGCAGACCUCGUCCGUCAGCCCCAUUGUCGCCAUAAUUGAAGUCGAGGGACGUGCACCUGAACCUGUGCCGGCCGGCAAAACACCGCCUUACAUUCGUCUACCUCAGCUGCCCACCAUCGAGGAUACCAUUCACCUCUUCACCCUAUCGCCAGAGCAAGCAGUACCGUUCAUCCUCAUGGCCCGGUACUUCGAUCACCGUACAGAGCCCGACCCUGGACUUCCACCUCGCAUGCUUGUGGUGGGCCGUCCCGGUACCGGCAAAUCACAGUUCGUACACGCACUGCUCUGGUACACAUUCCAACAUGGUGUACCUGAGUGGCCUGCCACCUGUGCCUACGCCUGGACUGCUGCUGCCGCCUUCCACAAUGACACGCAUCGCAGCCUUUCCACUCACGCCAUGUUCGGCCUUGCAGCAAUGGGCAUCGGACACAGGCGCUCCAAACGUGGCAGCGCCGUCGCCUUGCAGGUACACCGCAAUGUGGGCUCCGGUGCAAUCAUCAUCGACGAAAUCGGCAUGAGCAGCAUCGAGCAUUUGGGCGCCAUCUACAAUGCGUGCAAUAAACAUCUCACGUGCACGUGCCCGCCACAGACGCGGCAGCACACGUACUGGCAGGCCGGGCAGCAGCUGGGAGAGUCCACGUCAGAAGACGAGCACACAGUCACAUCUGACUCCUCAACUGACAACAAUGCAGCACCAUCCACCAGGCAUCGACACCCAGUUCCACAGACACGUGACCAUAUCCACAACGGCUUCAUCCUCUACCGCAACCUCGCCCAAGACGUCUUCUUACUCACCCGUCAGCAGCGCCAGAACAACACUCCAAGCGGCAUCUACCUCACCGAGGCUUCCACCAUGUUUGCAGGUGGCCCGGUCACCCGCGAGCGCAUUGAGGAGCUCGUCGACAAGCUGAAUGCGCGCGCCAUCUCUAGCUUGUCGGCCCUGACACCCCUCAAGCCCCGUGUCGUUGUCCAACGAAACGAACCGAGGCACGCGCUAAACACACGCCUCAUGAUGCUGCAAGCGCAGCACCUGAGCAAACGCUUGGUGGUUUGGAAUGCGGACCACAUACCACACCAACCCCGUGGCACAGCCCCACAGGCUCCGCUCACCCGUGUAGAGCAGGCUGUUGCCAUGCGUGUCAAGGACGCCGAGUUCGAUCACACCACGGCGGACACAUGGUACUAUGAAGGCGCCCCUUACAUCCUGCUGGAUACCGCCUGUGCUGAAGCCGGCGCGUUCCACAACAAUGAGGUUGAAGCCUGUGGCCUUCUAAUGGACGAGCGAGAACCACCAGAUGAUGGCACCGGACCGUACCGGCGGCUACAGUACCUCCCCGCCGCCAUCCUUGUACGCCCGAUCCAUGGUCACAAACCCACCACGAUCCUGCAGGGCUCGCACGACCUUGCCAGCCACGGUGCUACUUUUGCGCUCCGACCCCGUGCCAGCAAGGAGCCUGCGACCGUCCUGAUGCCCGCCACCAACACCGGCACCGCACCCAAAGCCAUCAAACGCAUCAACUUCGGCCUCGGUGACUGGUUCGUUGUCACGGACCACUGGGUACAGGGCCGAACAUUCCGCGAGUGCUGGGUCGUCGACCUCAGUGUACCACCGAAAGGGAUCAAGCGUGCCACUCUCUUCGUCCUCCUCACCCGCUUCAAAUCCCUCGAUGACAUUCACCUCCUGCGCCCACUCUACACCACCCCGACCGAACGCCGCAGCGUGGUCACCGCCUUCCAGCGCGCCACCAGGCUGACCGACGACCUAGCCGCUGAACUGCGUUUGCUGGACGCCACAGCAGCCGACACACACCGACGCUACCGGAACGAAUUCCGGUGGGCGGAACAGCUGGAGAUGCGCCGUGCACCCGACACCGCCACCUAA